AUGACCCCUUCCGGCAAUGGCUAUGACAUCUAUGAUCUAUACGAUCUAGGGGAGUUUGACCAGAAGGGGUCACGAUCUACAAAAUGGGGUAGUAAGGCAGAACUCCAAUCUCUAGCUUCCUCUGCGCGGAAUCUCGGUAUUGGCAUUUACUGGGAUGCAGUCCUUAAUCACAAAGCUGGUGCAGAUUAUACCGAACGAUUUCCAGCUGUAAAAGUGGACCCAAAAGACCGCAGUGUUGAAAUCUCCGCUGUAAAGGAGAUUGAGGGCUGGGUUGGAUUCAGUUUCCCGGGCCGUGACAGCUUACAUAGUCCCAUGAAAUAUAGUUGGCAUCAUUUCAGCGGCGUUGACUGGGAUGAAGCUCGGAAGAAAAAUGCGAUAUACAAAGUCGCUAGCAAAAGAUGGUCUGAUGACGUGGCGCACGAGAAGGGAAACUAUGACUAUCUUAUGUUCGCUGACCUAGAUUAUUCCAACCUAGAAGUUCAGAAGGACGUUCUCCGAUGGGGAGAAUGGAUAGGAAGCCAAUUACCUCUCCGCGGCAUGAGGUUAGAUGCAAGCAAACACUACUCGGCUGAUUUCCAGAAGAAAUUUGUCAAUCACGUUCGAGCAACUGUCGGGCCGCAGCUUUCCUUCGUUGCGGAGUACUGGAGCGGCGAUGUCCGGGUUCUUACGCAUUAUCUGCAGAACAUGGAUCACCAGCUGUCUCUGUUCGAUGCCCCCUUAGUGGGACGCUUCUCGAGGUUCUCGCGCACGGGAGGAGCAGAUCUUCGCAAGAUUUUCAAUGAUACACUGGUAGAGAACAAGCCAGCACACGCAAUUACUCUAGUUAUGAAUCAUGAUACACAACCAGGACAGUCCCUAGAGGCUCCGAUUGCAUCGUUCUUCACGCCCCUCGCCUAUGCAUUGAUUCUACUCCGAGACAAGGGACAGCCGUGUAUAUUUUAUGGAGAUCUUUACGGUAUCAGACGCGGCGUCAAAAAUCCCAUGACCCCAUCCUGUGGUAGGAAGCUUCCAGUUCUUGCACGGGCUCGCAAGCUUUACGCUUACGGCGAACAAUGCGACUAUUUUGAUCAGGCCAAUUGCAUCGGAUUCGUCCGUUAUGGCAAUUUGCAUCACCCGUCUGGUCUAGCAUGCAUCAUGAGCAACGCGGGUGCGUCUCAGAAACGUAUGUACGUCGGGCGGAGCCAUGCCAAGGAGCAAUGGACAGACAUUCUGGGAUGGCAUCCAAGGACAGUCAUCAUUGAUAAGAAAGGUUACGGAAUAUUUCCUGUUUAUGAAAUGCAGGUUAGUGUCUGGGUCAACUCGGCUGCAGAAGGGAGAGAAAGUCUUCGGGAAUCUUUUGAGGAGGGGAUUUAUGAGGAUUAA